AUGAACGAUAACGAGGGAUUCAGGAGAUGCUUCGAGCACAUUCCCAUGGCUGCGCUAAACUGCGUGGUUUUCUCUCUGAUCCACCCCAAGUUGAGAGCGUACGAGACAAACCCGAGCAAGCCGUUUUCCCGCGCUUUUGCUUACGCAUCCGUCGGUUACUUCUUCUUCCAGCUCCUCCACGCGUUUGCUCGCACUGUGAACCCUAGAUCUAUUGUUUUCGUCGUCAUCUCUUUCAUCUUUGGUUUCUCAGUCAUCGCCAUCGCCUUGGCAGCCAUCUACUUCAACUGA